GAAGGGGCGGUUUCCUGCUGUUGUGUUUUGGAUAGAUGCUGUUAAGCUAGCAUGCGAGCUAGUUAAUUACUACAUGUCCAGUAAACUGGGAAGAGGUCCAGUAAUGAUGGCAGACGACAUUCUGUUCGAGUUUCUUCACAUGGAGAUGGUCUCUCAUAUUUACACGGAGCAGAUGACUCGGGAAGAUGUAGAAAAGGAGAGAGUAACGUGUGUGUCGGUGUUGGAGGGAAUGGGCUUCAGAGUGGGACAGGGUCUAAUCGAGAGGUUUACAAAAGAUUGUCCCACCUUUAAAGAUGACCUGGACAUUAUGAAGUUCCUCUGUAAAGACUUCUGGAGCGGUAUCUUCAGAAAACAGAUUGACAACCUGAGGACGAACCAUCAGGGAACGUACGUCCUACAGGACAACAAGUUUGCUCUGUUGACUCAAGUUUCCUGCAGAAAGGAGCAGCAGCAGCUUGAAGAAUCCUCUAAAUAUUUGGCCUACACAUGUGGUUUAAUUAGAGGAGCGUUAUCUAACCUGGGCUUGGAGAGCGUGGUGACUGCUGAGGUUUCGUUAAUGCCAUCAUGCAAAUUUCAAGUUGUAAUCCAGAAAAGUUAAAACGGACAAAAACACCUGUCCGCUCUGUCUGAAUGCUAUGAAUGUAAUAAUACGGAUCCUUAAUGUUUACGAAGAACCGGAUGUUUACAGCACGUGUUCCUACAGACAGAAGCCAGAAGUUACAGUCAGGUUUCUUACACAAACAGAUGCAGUCAGAUGCGUGCAGGUAGAACAGUAAAGCUGGUAAUCAGAUGAGCUGAUGUAAGAAAAAGUGAACAUGAAGCUUGCUCAUCAAAUAUAGAGCUUUGAUUUUGCAGAAGGAAAUAACGAAACGCAAAGCAAGUGGCCGUUUGUGCUGCGUUUAUAUUCUGACUCGGGAACUGCAGGAAGUGGUAAACUACAGCUGUAAGAGGUACUGUUAUAUCGGUACUAUUAAGUGCUCAGAAGUUCUACUGAUGUUCACCACCUCAGCCUGAUGGUCUUUACUGAACACGCAGCUUCUCACCAUAACGUUUAUAAUGUAGUCUUAUCUACCUCUUUUCCACAAAAUUAUCAAAAACAAAUGUGCAGCCAAAAUACUGCAGAGUUUACUAACACUCAGAGUUUACAUUGUUUAAAUUAAACAAAAUUAUGGCAAUUAUUUAUUAAACAAUCAGAAUUUCAUGUAUAAUUACACAAGUGGCAUGAUUUAUUCCGUCUUUAUUGAGGGAUGUAGAAAUCCUGAAAGUCUGUAAGCACGCUGUGAUGACUCACAUUUUGGAUUUCUUAUCCUUCAGCAAACACAGUGUAGCUACAUUUAAAAGACGAUUAUUUGUUUUCAAUCAUAUGCUAAAUUAUUCCAGGUACGUUCAUUUCUUUUACAAUCUUUUGUCGAUAUAAGAAACAAGAAGCACCUGUGUAAAUGAGUGUGUUCUGGGGCACGCAAGCUGCACGAUGUGCGAGCUCUUUGUGAAGUGUGUGUUUCAGCCAGAGCUCCAGCUGUCACUCCUCUGUAAAGCCAUUAAAGAGUUUGGAUUAUUUUCGUAUCAUUUCGGAACUUUUCACUGCUUGUAAUUGCCAUUUGCUGUGUUAGAUUAAUCUUUCUUAAGUGUUUCUGUUUGAUAAGUGUUUCUGUGUUGGUUUUAGAUGUAUUUUUCUUCUGGAUUGUAUCUGUCCCCUUUGGAUCUAUGCAACUUGUAUAAGUGAAAGUGACUUUUUCUAUUGUUAAAAAAAUAAAUAACAGCAGUUUUAGACA